AAUUGAAUGAGCUGAGAGGUGAGGUGAUGUGAUGUGGAUAGUUUAUCUAAUGAAGGUCAAUCAGAAAAUGGAAGAAAUUAGUUCUGACUGGGUGGUAACGACAGGAGGGUGUCAGGGAAGAUAAUAGUUAGGAAUGCUGUAUGAAUCAUGUCUCUGAUGGGAAACUACUGUAUAUCUCCAACAGGAAGUGAACUGAACAUUCAAUUGGUGAUCAACAUUGGACCAGAUGAUCUCCAACAUGAAAGAGCUGCGGGUCAUCUUUAUGCUGAUUUUGGCAGCUGGACUCAUGCAGUGCUUUCCAGCCACAGCAAGUCAAGGUGGAAACAGUUUGGCAAAACUGUUUUUCUGCAUGGACCCAGGAUGUGCCAAAAACGUGACUGCCAUUUUUUGUAACGACGAGCCGGUGUCAUUUGACCACAUUGCAGAUUGUAGGCCUGCAGGACCUCCACCGCCCCAAACUGUCUGCCAGCAUGACGGUCGGGCAUUCGUUUUCACCAAUACAAGCCGUCGAUGUGAUUUUGAAGUGAUAAGCAGACAUAUUAAGACUGAAAAUUGCCACGACCACAGCGACAUUUGCACUUUUUUCAAUGGAAAGAGUGAUGGUGUAGCUACUACACCCUCACCAGUCCCCACAGAGGCUUCGCUACACGAUCCUGCAAAACGUGGACACAUUGGAGUUGUUGGUCCAGUUCUACUACUACUAGGAGUUUCAUUUCUGAUUGCAUAUUUAGUACGAAGAAGAAACACAGAGAGGAAUCAACUAACAAGGGAUACCCGUGGUGACCCAUUGGAGGAUGUCAGCUCUCUACCUCAACAUCACCUUGGCACUUAAACUACUGCAGUGGCGUCUUAUGAAAGGGUCCUCUCACGGAUCCAGACAUCCUGAUGUUCGCUGACAAUCAGGAGAUGUCGCCCUGAUUGCUGUUUGUCGGUAACAGCUUCUCAUUAGGCAAGAUGUCAACUACAACAGAGAAUGGGAUGGGAGGUCCUUGGAAAACAAGCAGAGAGAAAACCUACAAAAAGACCACGUCAUCGGCCUUGAAGGGGGCCAUUCAGCUCGGAAUCGGCUAUACAGUGGGCAACCUCACCUCCAAGCCUGACAGAGACGUGCUUAUGCAAGACUUCUAUGUGGUGGAGAGUGUGUUUCUGCCCAGUGAGGGAAGCAACUUGACCCCCGCACAUCACUAUCCUGACUUUCGCUUCAAGACCUACGCCCCGCUAGCUUUCCGCUACUUCAGGGAUCUGUUCGGCAUCAAACCAGACGACUACCUGUACUCCCUCGUAAAUGAGCCUCUGAUCGAGCUGACCAACCCGGGAGCUAGCGGCUCUCUCUUCUACCUGACCAGCGAUGACGAGUUCAUCAUUAAAACCGUCCAGCACAAAGAGGCCAAAUUUCUCCAGAGAUUACUACCUGGAUACUACAUGAACUUGAACCAGAAUCCGCGCACGCUGCUGCCCAAGUUCUACGGACUGUACUGCAUCCAGUCUGGAGGCAUAAACAUCCGGCUGGUGGUGAUGAACAACAUGCUGCCGCGCUCCGUCAAAAUGCACUAUAAAUACGACCUGAAGGGCUCCACCUACAAGAGGCGAGCGUCCAGGAAAGAGAGAGAGAAGUCCUGUCCGACCUACAAAGACCUGGACUUCCAGGACAUGCACGAAGAAGGGCUUUACUUUGACCCAGAGACCUACACCAACCUGAUGAAGACCCUGCAGAGAGACUGUCGGGUGCUGGAGAGCUUUAAGAUCAUGGACUACAGUCUGCUGCUGGGGGUGCACGUCCUGGACCAGAGCCAGAGGGAGGGGGGGGAGCCGGGCCAGGCGGGGGGAGACGGGAGGAGGCCUGUGGGUCAGAGGGUGCUCUACUCCACCGCCAUGGAGUCCAUCCAGGGAGACGGCAAGGCUGCUGAAGCCCUCACCACAGACGACACGAUGGGUGGCAUCCCUGCCAAAACACACAAAGAAGAAAAAUUGUUCAUCUUCCUGGGCAUCAUAGAUAUUCUGCAGUCAUACAGGUUCAUUAAAAAGUUGGAGCACUCGUGGAAAGCCCUGGUGUACGAUGGCGACUCCGUCUCGGUGCACCGGCCCGGGUUUUAUGCCAGCCGCUUCCUCAAGUUCAUGAGCACACGGGUCUUCAGGAAGACUCAGCCGCUUCGAUUCUCCCCUUCAAAGAGAACUCGUACGUCCAUCCCGGCUCUAAAGUCGUCCUCGCAGGAGAUCCUUUCAUCGCAGGCAGAUGAGAGGAACGAGGAGGACAGGAGGGAGCGGCUGGGGGGCGCCUGCAGCCUGGCCAGUCUGGAAGGACAAGCUGUGUUUGGCUCGUACCUGCGCCCCGAUCUGGUCCCCGCCAACCCGUCCUUCUACGAGGGCUCCUCCAUGGGGACCAUCUCCACCUCCUCCAUCUUUGUCAGCGUGGACAACAAGACCGAGAGAGAUGACGCUGCCUCCAGCUCCACGUUCACCUUGGAGGACAGCGCUAUCUGCCUCACUUCGGAGCAGAGCACCAUGGAUGUGGACCUAGACCGCGAUGACGGCUCGGUUCUGGAUGUGUACUUGUGAAAAGAGCAGCGUUAAAACCUCCAUUUCCUCCUGCCAAUCAUCAGACAAUCACCGCACUCCAUUUAACCAACCAGGCUGGCCUUUGACUUCCUGUGCUGCUAGAUCCAUGUUGCCACUCGUAUUGCCAACACAUAAAAAGACAGAGAUCCUCCACCGGUUGAUGGACUAAAAGAAGACACAACGACGGACAUCUGCAGGAACAAUGUGACCAAUGUAAUAUGAUGAACACCAGGCUGUGUCGCUUUUUAGAGCAUGCAUCAACGCAGUGCCAUUAAGUUUUAUAUAUGUAUUCUGUUUCCAUGGCCUACACAAAGAUCGAGAUAUUUACUAUAUCUUAAUACAUAUGAGGAGAGGGUAGAUACAUUUCUUUGACCGUGUUUCUCUGCUGACCAGACCUUUUUAAAGUUUGCAAUGUUGCUGAUCAGAAGAGAAAUGUUUACAGUGAAUUAAUGACGUCGUCUUUGUCCCUGAUGAACGAGGAUGUGACACAAGCCAGCAAGGAUGAGAAAAGACUCAUGAACUAACAUGAUGGAUUCUGAAGCUCCGGAGGCCAAAUACAGACUGUGACGUGGUUGAAGCAGCAACCUUUUUCCCUUACUGGGCUGUUGUUCGCGCUGCCUUGACGAUAACCUGAAGAGAGGACAGUUACAGGAUCUUUGAUGAAGCACAGAGCCGAGGGACGGUGCACUCGCACUUUGGACAUCGGUUAUGAUUACUGUAAGAAAUAUCUUUCUCUCAAGAAGUUGCUUUAGUGGGUGGGCUACCUGACAUAAGCACACAUUUGGAUACGUGAAUAUGCACUUUUAGUUCCUCUUUACAAAUGCACACCUCUGUAAGUCCUUGAUACUACAUGUACAGAGACAGUGAAGGAACAACGUAGAUAAUUUUUGAUGUGGAGCUAAUAGUUUUGUGACUGACGAUGCUUUAACUCAGGAUAUCCUUUGAUACUGAAAAAGUGGGUCCUCUUCAAGAAGUUAUGGAACAUGCAGCCUACAUUAGAAGCUGUCCGAUGCCAUCAUCAAGACCAUAUCCGACUAUAAAUGUUGAAUUCCACGAUCACACGUCAGUUGAGACCAUCAUUUAUUAUGUAAAUCUCAACAUUUUACCAUUUGCUGAAAAAUACUAUAAAUCGCUGAAUGUAAAGACAAUGCAUAUUUAUAUUUAGAGACUCGUAUAAAUAAAUGGCUAAAAUGUCA